AUGAGUGCAAACGGAGUACAGGUCCCAGUGACCAACCAGAAGUCGCAAGCUGCUAUCAGUCUUGCAAACUAUUUAAGAGACAACAAAGCCCUCAAACAAAGAACCGGGUUGUUGAACAAUAAAGAAGAUAUUGAUUUCUUCAGAUUUAAGAGGUUUGUAAGACUCUUGACGAGUGAUGAGUACAAGAAGAAGCAAAGCAACCCUAAGAACGGAUUGAUGCCCAUCAACAGCGAAAAGGAAGCAGUUCAAGCAUUCAUUAUGCUCAUCCAGGGACAAUUUGUUAUCCCCAUCAACAAACUUCAUUUCAAAGAGAUUAAAGAAACCAAUCCUAGUUGGAAGCCAAACAGAUCCAAGCCUACAUUGACCCCUUCAAACAAGGCCAACUUGGAACCUAAUGCAUACUUUGCCUGGACAUACACAAAGCCCAACCCAUUCAUGCUCCUUUACGGUAUAUUAUUGAUUGUAGGGAUCUUUGCCGUCAUCCUUUUCCCAUUAUGGCCAUCUUUCAUGAAGGUUGGUGUUUGGUACUUAUCCAUGGCCUUCCUUGGUCUUAUUGCAUUGUUCUUUGCCAUUGCAAUUGUUCGUUUGAUCAUUUAUGUGAUCACACUUUUGGCUCUCCCACGUGCAUUCUGGUUAUACCCUAACUUGUUUGAAGAUUGUGGGGUUCUUGAGAGUUUCCAACCAUUAUAUGGAUGGGAAGAACCAAAGAAGGAUAAGAAGAAGAAGAGUAAAUCUAAGAAGGGAUCUGUCACCACCACUGGUGAUGAAACUACUACCACUUCAAAAUCCACUGGAACUGACUCAAACACUACAGCUGUACGUAGAAAGGUUACAUUGGAAGAAGUUGAUGAAUAA